GGACUUUUCGGCUUCCAUAACGCCUGGCCGCAUCGUACAAGCUGUCCUCGCCACGCUCCUGAGCCCACUCAUCUUUUUCAACCACCGAUGCGCAUUCAAUUCGUGGUAGGCUGAUUCGCAAUACAAAGGACCCCUUCUUGUAUGUCCAUUGUCUGGGCCACGAGGAGAUAACAAUAACAACCGCCAUGGCUCUCCGCCGUUCGCUUACUCUCCCCCGGCAAUUGCUGCGACCGGCAACUCGCGCUUCUUUCGGAUAUAGCCAGGAACGAAGACACGGUCUUGCAACAGCGGUCCCUCCCGUCACUCAGGAUGCAACUGGCUCCAAGGGCCCUACGGCAAUGGUUUUUCUGAACAUGGGAGGACCAUCGACGACAGACGAAGUGGAGGAUUUCCUUAGCAGACUCUUCGCCGACGGUGACCUGAUCCCUCUGGGCAAAUUCCAGACGUAUCUCGGGCCUCUCAUUGCGAAAAGAAGGACGCCCAAAAUCCAGAAACAGUACUCGGACAUCGGCGGGGGCUCACCCAUCAGAAAGUGGUCGGAAUACCAAUGCGAGGAAAUGUGCAAGCUGCUGGACAAGAUAAACCCGGAGACUGCACCUCACAAGCCGUAUGUUGCAUUCCGUUACGCCGCGCCUUUGACGGAGCAAGUGUAUACAAAAUUGCUUGAAGAUGGGUUUGGCAACGGCAAAGGUGGCCGUGCUGUCGCCUUCUCGCAGUACCCACAGUACUCUUGUUCCACUACGGGUAGCUCUCUGAAUGAAUUAUGGAAGUGGAGGAAUCGGCUGGAGGGUAAGCGAGCCAACGGUAACGUGGACACUUCCGGAUCUAUCCAAUGGAGCGUUAUCGAUCGGUGGCCCACGCACCCUGGUUUAGUGGAGGCUUUUGCAAAAAACAUUGAGGAUCAACUCAAGACCUACCCUGAAGAGAAAAGAAAGGGCGUGGUUCUCUUAUUCUCGGCCCACAGUCUGCCAAUGAGUGUUGUGAACAGAGGCGAUCCGUACCCAGCUGAAGUCGCAGCGACUGUCCAUGCGGUGAUGCAGAGGCUCAAUUUCAGCAACCCGUACCGUCUAUGCUGGCAGUCUCAAGUCGGACCAAGGGCUUGGCUCGGAGCGCAGACGAGCGAUACAGUCCAAGAGUAUGUGAAGCGUGGGCAGACUGAUAUCGUCCUCGUACCGAUCGCAUUCACUAGCGACCAUAUUGAGACCCUGUAUGAGCUGGAUCUUGAAGUGAUGGAGGAGGCGAAUCAUCCCGGAGUCAAGCGAGCUGAAAGCCUCAACGGCAGCCCCUUAUUCAUACAAGCUCUUGCAGAUGUUGCUCAAGAGCACUUGCAAAAAGGCGAGAAGUGCUCUCUGCAAAUGACAUUGCGGUGUCAAGGCUGCAAGAGUGAGAGGUGUUUAGAGCAGAAGAAGUUCUUUGCUGGUGAAAAGGAUGCUUCUCUGGUUGUAUAAAUUGCUGGAUGCAACGUCCCCUUUCUGAUAAGAUUUUCCUGGGUGUGGCUGGCGUUUCGUGUACGAUAGUUUAUACCUACAAUCCAUGGAGGUUGGCAUUGCGACAAAAUUGGCAGUGAAGAACGAUUUGCCCUUGCAAACACCCUUAUGUGGGCUUUGCUUUACUAUCCGC